CAUUUAAUACAGGUAACCACUGGAUUCUGUUAGUGCUGGAUAUAGGUAAGAAGUGCAUACGUGUGUAUGAUUCUAUCGUUCGUCGGGAACAAACAAACAUACACCUUCACCAUUACCUCCCGAGCAUGCAAAUGUAUUUACCUAGACUGAUGGAUAAGCUAGGAGUGUACAAUGAGAGAACUGAGGGGCCUAUCAGGGAUGACUUCUUGCAGAUACAUAUGGUGAAAGAAUGCCCACAACAAAAUGAUAGUGACAGUUGUGGGAUGUUUGUGUUGAAGAUGGCUGAGUAUCUAAUGAUGGGCAAAGAUGUGGAGUACGUGAGGCCUGAAGAUAUUAAUGCUUACCGCAGCAAGAUGACGACAGAGCUACUCAC